GUCGUUUCUAUCUUACCGUGUUGCCGAUGUUACUGUUUCUCUCUUCUUUAAGCGUUAUCUUCAACCGCUCUCAAUGAUCUCCACAGAGGAAAAAUAUUUUUGAAGUAACAAAAAUAAACAACAAUCCCAAUGGCGUAUGGUAAUAUUUGAACGGGGACGCCGAACUGAAAAACCGUCUCGGAACACAAAACAAUAUGAAAUUACGACGGGAUACAAGUUAAUUUCCCUCCUUCACUUUGAGACAAAUUAAACAGAACAUAAUUAUAGAUCAAUUUUAAAAAUAGUAAGAUGUAAACUUUAGUUAACCAUAUAUUAUAUAUAGUCGUACUCCUGUUUUAGGCUACCAUAGUGAACGAUCAUAAGUGACUGAGAAUCGUCUCUGAUAACUUUUAUUUCACACGUAGAUUAUGUUAAGACUGAUUACUGAAUAAGGACCUGUUCAUUCUGUGUAGUUUUAGUGACUGUCCCUGCCGAUGGGUUUCCUGUGUUUAACCAUAGUUUUUCUGGUUGUAAAGGUACUCCAUGAGCCUUGUUAUUAUGAUACUCCUUUGGAUGUUUUGUGCCACACACAACUGUACUCGAGCCAUAUUAUGAUACCUCAAUAUAUCCUCUCGAAGCGAAUGUUUUUUUCUGACUCAAGUAACAUUCGAUCUCCAUACGCAAUAAAUUUCGUUUCCGUAUGAAGAAACGUGAGAUAAUGCAUAAUCUUGAUAUGUCUAGAAUAAAAAAACGGAUUCCAACGUAUAAUCUGAGUGUAACUCCGAAGCGAAAAAUUCCCAUCAUAUUAAAACACAAGAGGAAUAUUAUUUUCAAUAAUUUAUCUUCAGGUCCUACAAUUACAUAUCCAAAUUAUUAAUCCAUACAAUUGGCCAGGAUCAAGGCAGAGUACAUCAUGUUAUGUAUUCCUAGGUUUAGCAACUUAUUAUAGGUUUUUUCAAGGAUUUUCAGAGGUUUCAGUUCCUUUACACCUUGCUAUCAAAGGGUAUUAACUUUGAAUGGACUGAUAAGUGCCAACAUUCUUUCGACUGGUUAAAAGAGUUGUUUUGUUAUACGCCAAUUUCAACACAUCUGGACCGUUCUCCCACUGCUAGCCAUUUCAUCUUAUACACUGGUGCAACUGCUCAAGCUAUCGGUUUUGUAUUAUCAUAAUCUCCGUACAUUCGGAUAGAGGUACGAACUUGGAAAGCAGGAUCACUCACUAAAACUACACAGAAUGAACAGGUCCUUAUUCAGCAAUCAGUCUUAACAUAAUCUACGUGUGAAAUAAAAGUUAUCAGAGACGAUUCUCAGUCACUUAUGAUCGUUCACUAUGGUAGCCUAAAACAGGAGUACGACUAUAUAUAAUAUAUGGUUAACUAAAGUUUACAUCUUACUAUUUUUAAAAUUGAUCUAUAAUUAUGUUCUGUUUAAUUUGUCUCAAAGUGAAGGAGGGAAAUUAACUUGUAUCCCGUCGUAAUUUCAUAUUGUUUUGUGUUCCGAGACGGUUUUUCAGUUCGGCGUCCCCGUUCAAAUAUUACCAUACGCCAUUGGGAUUGUUGUUUAUUUUUGUUACUUCAAAAAUAUUUUUCCUCUGUGGAGAUCAUUGAGAGCGGUUGAAGAUAACGCUUAAAGAAGAGAGAAACAGUAACAUCGGCAACACGGUAAGAUAGAAACGACCUUUGAUUUGAAAUUAUUGAUUGACCGGUUGGAUGAAUACUAUUGAUUUGUCAGUUGCAGUUAGAUAAACCUAACUGAGCUAAGAGCAUGCACGCAUCUCGUCGGGGUAUUUAUUCUGAUGGGGAUUCCAAACAACUGAUGGAGCUCCCCAUUUUAGCUCUGAAGCCGAGUAAUUCAUACGUACACUCACUAUUCAUAUUGAAACUAUCUAUUUGUCACUUUUCUUAACCUCGUCUAUAAAGUGCUUGAUGGUGGUCCACUUAUCAAUUGGUUUGCCUGAGAAGAUCUAGUAACAUACAGUCAGCUAUACUAAUGAAUACAAAUAUAUAUUUGCUAGAAUAGUGGGCAGCAUUACUUAAUAUUACUGUUAAUAAAUGUCCGUCAGUCACAAACAUCUGAAUAUGGAUGAGACUUAAUAUCAACUACUUCAUUAUUCUCUCCCAGUAAAUGUAUAAUGUAUAUCGUUUUGCAGAUGUCAAACGUGAUACGGUAUGAAAUGUCUUUAAUUAUUAAAGCUCUUGGCACUCCCGGUAUAAAAGAUGCUCUCAAAAGACAUCUCAAAGGUAUGCUCGAUAAUGGUGCUCAUCUAUUCAACGUUGAGAAUCUUGGCUUGCGACGCCUUCCCAAUGUAUUCCAUGUUCAAGGAGAAAGGCAAUAUGAAGGGCACUACUUCCUCAUUAAUUUCAAUGCCCCACAUGAUUCACUUAACCAGAUAAGAAAAAUGGCCCGUAAAGACUCAGAUAUCAUCAAGUGUUUCGCUGCCCUUAAAGACGAUGGAUGGGUGCCACCGUGUUCAUUGCCAAAUGCAGCCGAUUGCGAAUUUGGCGAAAUUAGGAAUCCGAAUUACGAAAAGACGGCUAGACGAAGACACGGUUACAGAUUGUAUUAAAGGGGAGUAACCAUCAAGUAUAUAAUAGACGAAAGUUUGUAAACUAAUGCUUGUUUUUUCGACAAGUAUCUAUGUAUGGGAUGAGUGUCCUAGCAAACAUUCAAUGGUUAGACUUUAUUUUAAUUACUUUGGACAGUAUUUCCCACUUAACGUACUAUUUUGCGAGAUCUACUUGCUUUUAGGUUACGAUAUAUUUUGUCAAGAACCACUAAACCUUGCACGAAUAUUUAUGUGUUCAAAUAAAUAAAUGACAUCUUUCAACCACCUGGGUCAAUGGACAUCCACAACGUUGUGAAGAACUAUCUCGUCUGACCAACUGUCAUGUUCACUUUUCAUAUUACUCAACUCUUUACGACCACAGAUACGUUGAUUUAGUUUAGAUUCAAAUUGCCGACGGUAGUUUUGUUUUCAGAACACUCUGAUGCGUUACAAACAUUUGCGUUUGGAUACUGGGUGGGUUCUAGAGAUACAACAUAUAUCUAAAGUUUUACAGUUACCAGGUAUUCAUAGACAAGAUGAGUGUUGUUUUUAAGAUAGACCUCUCAUAACCCCAUAUUUUCAUUGGGAGCCUGUUAUGUUAGGUACCUUAUGGUCUAGGGUUAAUUUCGUUCCAUCUGCUCUGUAGCUGGCUUACCAAGUAAAUUGGGCUACAAAUAGAAAGUAUUUCAGCUGAUACAGCUCCGCCGAAUCGCCUGUAUAUAAAACCUAGAACCACAUCAGUGUACGAGCCCCUAUUGGCAAUAUAACAUUAUCGUGAUAGUUCUUAAUUAGCUACUAAAUUCACGGAUAGACAGUAAGCGAUAUUCAGCUGGGAUAACAGUAAAGGUGAGGAGAUAAAUGCGAUGCUAGAACCCACCCCAAGGUAAAAUUCUGAUAAAUAAAAACGAUUUAUAUUAUUUUAGCUGUAUUCAUACUAUGCCACUUUGUUUUACAAAAAUCUCCAAGUGUAGACAAGCCAAGAGCCUUCCCUUGUAAUGUCUGAGACGUCGCACCAACAAUCUGAAAAGAACAGUAUAAAAAUCUAGAUACACUACUACCACUUAUAAAAUUUAUGUAUCCCUAAUAUACAGUCCAUAUUAUCUGGUUCUUUGUAUGGACAUUUUGAGAUUGUUUGAAUUCAUAGUAAGUGAAAGUUCUACUUUUAAAAAGCAAGUGGACGAAUUCCUUUUUCUUUUUUGUAAUAAUGAAUAAACAGAUAUUAUGAAACGAAACAUUGAAAAGUUUAAAAAAGAGGGGAGGCAAAAACAAAAGGAUUUUCAUUAGUAUUUAAUUGACUCUCUCCACACUAGUCUCUCGUUGUUUUGGCACUGGCUGUUCUUACUACCAGUCCUAUUAUGGAAAAGUCUGUGCAUAUAAAAUUCGAAUCAUCCAAAUCGUUUUACACCGUCUGUAUCACUGGUCCAUCAAACAAAUCACUGGACAUGCUCCGGUAUCGUUGGCAGGGUGUAAAUUGUCGACGUUGAAGCUGUUCUAUUAUGCGUUAGAACUAAUGUAAAGAAAAUAUAUAGACACGCUCUUUAUAUUGAACUUGACACUAAACUGGUUUGUCAACUUUUCUUACCAGCAUCUGCUGGGAUCACCGGGGAAUUAAUAGUGAGCUUAGAUGCAAAGUAUUAGGGAAGGAUGGUAAAUCAGUUGAUGAAGUUGUAAAUCUUCGUUGAUUGAGAAGAUAGGGCCACGAGCUACGUACGCGCAACGCUCACUAGAAUUUUGUUUUUUACUGCCACUAAAGUAACUGCUUCUAAGAAUUAGGUGUUCAUCUUGUACUAAACCGAUGCUUAUAUAUGCCCGGUACGUUGUAGCCAAUUGACUGAAACUUUUUUUUAUCACUGAAUCCCUUCGAUCCAACUCAAUGUAUUUAGUUUUAAAAUCGCUCUGUAGUUGACUGUGAUCUAUCUUCUCAAUACCAUCACUACUAAAAUAUAAUGAAAUAUAACCAUUUACAAACCUCAACAACCACAUAAUCACCAGGCUUGAAGGAUACAUGCGAAGAAUCUUGAUUUUUAGUAGUUGGUGUUUGUGUAACAUUUUGGUCGAAAAUUACCUUCGUAUUAUAAUCAUUACGUCCAAACACUUGCGUUGGUGAACGACGACUGGGCUAAAAUUAAUAAAGCGUAAUAUUUUAAUUUAAGGAACUUGGAAAAUUAUCUAUAUUUAUACAAUUAACACUACGAUAGUUGCAAAAAGAUGCAACAGUCCGUGACAUUUGUCUCGAUUGCAAGGAGGUGCGCUAAUAUUAAUUUUGAAGCAACAAUUAUAGAUUCAUUUGUGAUGUAUUUCCAAACCUAGGUUAAAGACAAAUAGUAGUGCUACUCAAUGACUAGUAAAAUAAGCACGUUUUAGUAAGGUUUAGUUGGUGAGGUUCUUGUCGGGGUGGCUUCGAAAAACAAUGCUAUUAGCAUUUCAAACGGUCAUUUAUUACUGAUUAGUAGUCACAUCACAUCGUGAAGACCGUUUAUGAUAAAUGAUAAUUGACCUCUUUUAUCAUUGGUUAUUCGUAUUAAACUUUAUUUUAGUGUACCAUUCUUACAUAGUUUAUUGAAGAUCAUGUAAAUGUUAUAUACUUAGGUAUUUACUCGAAUGAUUAGUUUGUUUGAGAUAAAAAGGUUUCCUCCAAUAUUUUUUCUUAUUGUGUGCAGUUGAGCAAAUCUUGAUGCAUAAUUGAGUGUUUGUUAUUUCAUUUAUCCAAUCACAUCAAAUCCGUUGUCGUACUAGAAGGGUAUUGUCGAACAUAUUAACCGUAAAUAAAAAUCCGAUAAGUGGUAUGAUUUGCAGUGUUUAGUUCAUUUAUAAUUAGCAUAUGUAAUCAGUCAUAAAUCCCAGAUAUCCUCCCGCGUUUUUAAUAGGAAAGUUUUACGAAGUCAUGUAGUGGAGUAUGUGAAAAUGCGACGCUAUAACAUUUGAUACAGAUUGGUUCGGAAUAUUAUUCAGAAUAACAAAAUAAAGACAUGUAAGAGUAGUGAUGCCUUUUCAGUCUCGUCCACACUAAAGGGAUAAGUCAAGAUAUGAAUUCUUUCUUUCUAAAACUUCAUAGUCUUGAACCACUAUUUAUUUAAAUAAAAACAGCUAGGUAAUCCCAUUCUUUCAGAAGAUUUUACAAAAUACAUCACUCAAGUACGAUGUUUCAUAAGACGUGUUGAAAUGAUAAGUUGGAAUCUUUUAAGGGAGGGCAUUGAUAAAUACUCAAUCGAUAAGUCCAAAGAGACCAUUCGGUAACGAGCAGUAGCUUCAUCAUAACAAGAACUAUUCACUCAAUAAUGAAAUUGGCAUUUAGCGCUGACUAAAAAGUUUUAUCUUGAGAUGAUCAAAAUACUUUUUCCUUUUCAAAUAAUAAUUUUUCUGAAUGAACACCUUGGCGCGAAUUAGUGAUUGUGUCAUUUUUUAGUUAACUUACUCCUUCAACUAAAACAAUUUGAAUAGUGCCAAUUUGUUUUUGAUUAAACUCUAAACUUUUAUUUCGAGAUAUCAUUGAUAACUCUUCAUGUCGUCGUUUUUUCACUUCAAUUGGUACAUCAUCAGUUAAAUGAUGAUAUGCAAAAGUUUUCUAAAGUGAAGUCAAAAUACAACAGAUAAUGAAAUUAGGAGUACAAGGAAACGAGCAAGAAACACUUAUUUGUUUAUAUUAAUAGUUUGAAUGAACAUACUGUGGUGAAAUUGAUCUUACUUUCAAGCAUUAGAAUACUGGACGAUAUGCGUAAUCGUAUAAAGUGGAUCAUAAUGCCAUUUAAACUUACUCAUCAUAAAUGUCCAUUAGUCUGAAUCGCCGUAAUUCUAAGGAGCAUCCAGCGAGAGAGAACGAGUUAAUAAUAAUGCAAAUUAAAUGCGGGUAGAUAUUUUUUAAAAAGAGCAGAUGAAUUCAAGGAAUAAAAAAGUGUGAAAUAUUAAAACAAAGCAAAGGAUAGAUGUAUCUGUGGAAUUACAAUCCAUUUCUAGCUAUAUCACUUAGUGUCUCCAACAAAUUUUGACGGUCGCCACAUGGUCAUGAAGCGGACAAUUUGUACUUCUUAACAAGACUGAUCAACAUUUAGUGGGUUUACAGAUUGGCGGUAGGUCCUUGUUUGGUUACCCCUUAAAUUUCUUUUAAUCCGCUUCUCUGCUAGUUACUAAUGGGAUGUCGAGUGGUUUAAUAUGCGCAGCAUAUUACCGACACUAGUCUCUUAACGUUCACAGUCUUAACAAACGGAUCUUACGUGUAAACACGAGUAUCAUCAAACGAAGUAUUGAUCGGCUUUGAAAUGAUUCGAUGAAUAGGCCUAAUGACCGAUUUUUAUGGGAGUUAGUGCAUGAAUCUUACUAUAGUAAACUUAAUGUGGUUAUGCGAUAAUGUCGAGUUGGCUUAUAGUGUUUAAAGUAUGAUGAAUUAUCGAUGACUUAGGUGUUCUCAUGUGAAUAGACAUGUAGAAGGAACUUUUGCAUUCAAAUAGAGUGUGAGUUAAAGAAUUUACCAAAAGUCCUUAUUCCACCUUGGUGUUCUUAGAAAAUAACUUUCUAAAUAAAAUAACCGAACCUAGCCUAUUGUAUUGAUUUCCAUUUGUGCAGCUAGAUAGUAUUAUUACCCUUUAUAUAGUAAGCUAUUAGCAUAUGGUCGAGUAUUUAGUACAUUAAACUCUUCAACGUUUAUCGACUGGUUCAUUGCAGAGAGAGCUAGUGGUUAAUCGACACUAAAUAAAUAAAAAAGGAAUUUCAAAAGCAGUCGAGAUGAUGCAUACCUCACGCAUACUGUACGG